AUGUUUCUUCAUAAUUUAUUAAAUAAACAUCAUCAACAUAAUCAACCACAUCACCCACAUCAUCACCAUCACCAUCACCAUCAUCGUCAACAUCAUCAUCAUUAUGAUGAUAUGAAACAUAAUAUUUACUCAAAUUAUUAUCCUGGUCAUACUUAUGCUGCUGCUGCUCCUCCUCCAGGUAGUCCACCACCAGAAUAUGGGUUCAAUCAUUCACCAUUUAAUGCCCAUCAUCAUCAUCAUCAUAAUCAUAAUCGUCGUCAUUCAUUUGGUCCUCAUCAUGAACAUGGCCACCACCACCAUGAACAUCAUGGACCUCAUCAUCAUCGUUGA